AUGCCAAAAAUGUGGGAUUUAUUAAGAAAAUCAAAAUAUUAUUUAAUAAAUGUCCAUCCACUUGGACAAUUUCCCUUUCCAAAUAUUCCGAAAAGAAUUGUUAAUAUUGGAGGGAUUGAAGUAGAAAUUGAAGGAAUUUUGAAUGAAAUUGAGGAAAAAAAGAAAUUGAAAAUUGACUAUGUAUUUGAGUGGAUUAAAGAGGUUUUUAAAUAAUAUUACAUAAAAAUGCCGAAAGUUGUGAAUAUUUCUGAGCUCAGUU